AUAUAGAGAGGGAGCGAGUAAUUAGGAGGAGGGGGAGUGUUGGUGGAGAGAAGAGAUCCCGCAACAAUAAAAGAAGAAAGCAGGCGAACCAAACCAAACAUACCAAAGGGAAGCAAGCAAAGGAAAUCGAACACCCAACAAAGGGGAGGCACCAAACUCGUAAAGUGAUAGCCUCGUAUAUAGCCAGGCGAGAAGGACAGCAAGCCACCGCGAGAACGCAACGCGGGAGAAGAAGCAGCAGCAGCUCUCCAUUUUCCGUUUCAUAUCAUUUCAUUUCAUAGAGGGAGAGAGCUAGAUAGGCAAUAGCAGCUAGCAAAGCGGAGAAGUAAAGAAGUUUUUGUUUACUCCAUCUUCCCUGGGCUUGCAAGCAAAGGCCGGCCGGCCGGGGAGAUCGUGGUAAGUUCCUUUAAAGCGCGGGGGCGGGAGCCGGAGGCCGGCCAGCAUGCAGCAGCGGCGCAAGUCGGUGUUCGGGUCGGCGCCCUACGCGAUGAAGCAGGCCGCGCUGGGGGCGGGCGUGGCGGCGCGCAAGAACGGCACGCCGCUCUCCAUGGCGGCGGUGGUCUUCUCGCUCUUCGUCUUCGCCACCUUCCUCUACAACGAGGACAUCAAGUCCAUCGCCGACUUCCCCUUCGGCGCUGGCGCCGGCGCGCUCCGCGCCAAGUCCCCCGACCUCCACCUCCUGCAGGAGGCCGAGGCCGCCGCGCACCAGGCCGUCACCACCCUCGCCAUGCGCGGGGAGGAGGCCAUCGUGCGUGUCCUCGACGCGCCAGCCGCCGGGGCCCUUCUUCCGGUAGCCAACGCGGGCGCCGGUAACGGCAAAAACGCCACCGGGACCGGGGUGGUGGUGGCCAAGGUCAGCGCCGUCUCCAACGCCAACGCCAACACGGCCGGCGCCAAUGCCGGCAAGGAGGAGGAGGGGCAGGAGAAGGACAGGGACGUGACGCUCCCGAACGUGACGGGAGGCGGCGGCGCGGAGGAGGCGAAGCGGCGGGAGGACGAGGAGGCGGCCGAGCGGGCGUCGACGGCGAAGGCCGCGGCGGCGACGGCGGCGGCGCUGCGGACGGCGGUGGUGAGCGUGCCGGAGACGUGCGACCUGUACCGCGGCAGCUGGGUGUACGACGAGGUGAACGCGCCGGUGUACAAGGAGACGCACUGCGAGUUCCUGACGGAGCAGGUGACCUGCAUGCGCAACGGCCGCCGCGACGACUCGUAUCAGAAGUGGCGGUGGCAGCCGACCGACUGCGACCUCCCCCGGUUCGACGCUCGUCUGCUGCUGGAGCGGCUGCGCAACAAGCGGCUGAUGUUCGUGGGGGAUUCGCUGAACCGGAACCAGUGGGAGUCGAUGGUGUGCCUGGUCCAGUCGGUGAUCCCCAAGGGCCACAAGACCCUCACCAAGUUCGUCAACAACGGAUCCAGCAACGUCUUCUACGCCCACGAUUACAACGCGACGGUGGAGUUCUACUGGGCGCCCUUCCUGGUGGAGUCCAACUCGGACAACCCCAAGGUGCACAGCGUCCCGGACCGCGUCAUACAGUGGCACUCCAUCGCCAAGCACGCCAAGAACUGGGUCAGCGUCGACUACCUCGUCUUCAACACCUACAUCUGGUGGCUCAGCGCGCUCGACAUGAAAGUCCUGAAAAAAGGGUCGUUCGACGAGGGGGCUACCGAGUACGAGGAGGUGGACCGGCCCGUGGCGUACAGCGAGGUGCUCAAGACGUGGGCCAAGUGGGUCGACCGCAACAUUGACCCCAACAGCACCACCGUCUUCUUCAUGGGCAUGUCACCCAACCACAUCACGCCGGAGGCAUGGGGCAACGAGGGCGGCAUCAAGUGCGCAAUGGAGACGCAGCCGAUCGCCAACCGGAGCGCGACGCUGGACGUGGGCACGGACUGGCGCCUCUACGCGGGCGCCCAGGACGUGCUCAAGACGUUCCGCCGCGUGCCGGUGCACUUCGUGGACAUCACGGCGCUGUCGGAGCUCCGCAAGGACGCGCACACGUCGGUGCACACGCUCCGGCAGGGGAAGCUGCUCACGCCGGAGCAGCAGGCCAACCCCAAGACGUACGCCGACUGCAUCCACUGGUGCCUGCCGGGCCUGCCCGACACCUGGAACCAGUUCCUCUACGCCCGCAUCGUCUCCAGUGCCUCCACCCAACGCCAAGAGUAGCCUCCCUCCCAUAGGUAAAACGGAGCUCCAACGAGGCUCCUCCGGUCAGUGUUGCAUGCAGAUACAGAUACAGAAGAGCAAAGGGCAGUUGAAAGAACUCAAAGGAUGGAUGCCCGCCAUCUCUCUCUUUUUCACCAAUUUUCUGCUGGUUGCGUAAAGCCGUCAUGUGCCGUUAACCUGUGAUUCUUUUUGUUCAAAAGAAAUGGAAGGUUAGGAUAAUGAAA